AUGUCUGCAUUCAAAGGCAAAGAGCAUCUUUCUUGGGCAUCAUUUCGACAGAACCUCGGAUUCGCUGAUGAUCUGUACUGUGAGCCAGCAUCACCAACCGCAAUUGGUAUUCCUAUUAAAGAAGAGUUGAUAGUAGUUUCUUGUUCGUUAUGUUCAAGACCUGUUCUCCAUAGUGGAUUUUCUAAACAUUUCGUAACGUGUAAAAAAGCCUCUUUAUCUGGAAAGUCUAAAACUGCAAAGUUUUCUAAUGGUCUAGUAACAAAAAAGAAGAAGCAAAACGGAUCAACCUCUACGUCUGUUGCUGGAUUCACACUAUCGGGAGGUCCUUCUACAUCACUUUCGUCAUCCUCAACGUCUGUUUUUUCAGAAAUAACACCAUGUAGGACAUUGACUUCUUUUGGUUUGGAUAAAUCGCCAUCUGUAACAGUUAUUUCAGAAGGGAUCUCACCUGCAUCUUUAAAGACUCCCAAAGCUGAAUCUUCAAAAGAGUCGACCAAAAAAGUAAAAGGAGGCCCAAUUAAUUUGGAUUUACAGUGUGGAGUAAUGCACGACAAUGGACUUCCUUGUGCUCGAUCUAUUACAUGCAAGAUUCAUUCCGUGUCUUUAAAACGUGCCGUAGCUGGUCGCACUCAUCCAUAUGACUCACUGUAUCAAGAGUAUCAGGCCAAGGCAUUGCUAGCGCGAGGAUUCAAAGAUGCAAAAUCGGCUAUUGCCUCGAAAUCAAUGGCACGAACGACCAUGGAAUCAGUUAUGGGAGCCGAAAAAAUUAAUCAAGAGGAAGAAGUGAAUCGAGUCAUGGCUGCCCUUAAAUCACAUCAGCCCUGUGCACUAGUGGCCACAGCGGCAUCUCAACAACAGCAGACUAUUUCCUCUCUUGGUGUCUGGAUGGCUUACAAAACUCGUAUAACUAUGCAGGAUGCGUUUCGAGACAGAGAAGCUACAGGAGCUGGAUUUCAGGCGUGCUAA